GCCCGAUGCAGGAGCUGCGAGGCACAACCAUGCUCCCUUCCCAGCCUCUCCUGCACGCUGCGGUGUUUGCGCUCGCAGCCCUUCAGGCCCUGGCCUCCGACACCUUCAUUGCAGCCGUCUACGAGCAUGCCGUCAUCCUGCCAGAUGCCACUGACGAGCCCGUUUCUCCCAACGAUGCUUUGGCCCUGAUGAACAAAAACAUGGAUGUCUUGGAAGGGGCCAUCAAGGAAGCCGCCCAGCAGGGUGCCCACAUCAUUGUGACUCCUGAAGACGGCAUUUAUGGCUGGCGUUUCACCAGAGAAGCCAUCUACCCGUACCUGGAGGAUAUCCCUGAUCCGGCGGUGAACUGGGUUCCCUGUACCGACCCCACAAGAUUUGCUCCAGCUCCAGUGCAGGAACGACUGAGCUGCAUGGCCAGGAAUAACUCCAUCUAUGUGGUUGCGAACAUGGGGGACAAGAAGCCGUGUAACGCCAGUGAUCCCAGCUGCCCCAGCGACGGUCGCUAUCAGUACAACACUGAUGUCGUCUUUGACCCAGAGGGCAAACUGGUGGCUCGUUACCACAAGUACAACCUGUUCAGAAGAGAAACUCAGUUUAAUUACCCAAAAGAGCCGGAAGCUGUCACCUUUGAGACUCCCUUUGGGAAGUUCGGCAUUUUCACGUGCUUCGACAUCCUUUUCCGGGAGCCUGCCGUGGUCCUGGUGAGCGAGUUGCAGGUGGACACCGUGCUCUUCCCAACGGCGUGGAUGAACGUCCUGCCGUUUCUGACCGCGGUUGAGUUUCACUCUGCCUGGGCUAUGGGCAUGGGCGUCAAUUUGCUUUCAGCAAAUACGCACAACAUCAACUUGGCAAUGACAGGUAGCGGGCUGUUCACGCCGGAGGGACCCCUUGCCUACCAUUAUGACAGCAGGACAGAGGAGGGAUGUCUCCUGCUAGCGGAGCUGAGCGCACGCCCCCGUCUCUCCCCCACCUACCCCCCUGCUGUCAACUGGAGCUCGUACGCCACAAGCAUCAAGAAAUUUCCAGAAGGAAAUGACACCUUUUCGGGAGCUGUUCGGCGGGACAUAUUCACUUUCAGUGAACUCAGGUGCAAAGCUGGAAAUUACACGGUUUGCCAAGGAGACCUCUGCUGUCAUUUGGUCUAUCAGAUGUCAAACAAGAGCAAAGACGAAGUUUAUGUCCUGGGUGCAUUUGAUGGCCUUCAUGGUUCUCUCAUAAAGUACCAUUGGCAGAUCUGCACGCUGCUCAAGUGCCAGAGCACGGACCGGAACACGUGUGGGCAGCCGGUGGAGACGGCUCAGACCAAGUUUGAGAUGUUCUCCCUCAGCGGCACGUUUGGCACUAACUACGUCUUUCCAGAAGUCUUGUACAGCGGGGUAGAGCUGGCCCCCGGGGAGUUCGAGGUGCUACGUGAUGGACGUUUGAAAAGUAAGCACGGCACAUCGAAACCGCUCUUAACAGCGACGCUUUUUGGAAGGCUUUAUGAAAAGGACCUGCCGCAUCCUCUGCGAACCUCCCCGUAAUGUAACUCUUUAGGUAUUACACAGUCACCACAGACAGGAGGAGAAUUCCCUACAGUGAUCCACUUCCUCAUGAGACGUGGCAGUUAUCCUGUAUCACUCCUGCUCUGCAAUCUUGCACUUCUGCUCAGCAGCUGUGGUAGUUGAGUUUAUUUAGUAGAAAGCAAUGCGAACACUCUGUUGUGUACCUAUAUGAAUGGUAUUUUUUUUUAAUAGUGCUUGAGCUAGUGUAAUAAUUUUUUAGUGUGAAUGCCCUGUCACGUGAAAUCUUUAAUUUGAAAUUAUUUUUUUUUUCCCAAUCAUGUAGAUUGCCAGAAUAAAACUAGCAAGGUGACUGAUACUGAAAUGUGUGAAAUGUGAAGUUUGCCAAUUUGCUGCAGAACAAAUCUUCGCCAAGAAAGCCUUUCUGCCCCUUUUGCCCCUUCCUGUUUUUCAGACUGUAUAAGCACUAAGUGUCUGUGUUUCUCAGCCUUACACACCAAUCGAUAGGGCCUCCCUAAUGCUCUGUGGGCCUGGGCCCCAUUCUGACCACGGGACUGUACAAUGAAGAGAAAAAUCGAGAUUCGAAAUGGGUUCAGGUGCAGCCUUAAAGGGAGAAAGUGGUCCUCCACAACCCACACAGGCACUGAGUCUGGCCGAGCUCUGUGAAGCAUCUCCAGUUCUACAGUCCCUCUGAGCUUGCACUGCUUUGUGCGUGGCGUACGCGUGCUCGGUCCAAUGCACUUCAGACCACACUUACCGUAUAAACACACACACCAACACAAUCUCCAG